AUGGUUCAAAGACCCUUUCCACAGGUCGAGAGGAAGCCAUUGCCCAAGGGUUCUGAUGAAUAUGAAAGAAAACGCUCCGAGAUUGUACAGCAGCUCCAAGACUCGAUUCCACCAUCACUGUAUCUCGACCAGAAGAUUGUUGAAAAGCCUCCACUCGAUGUCACUGAGAUCCCCCGAACGUGCGGCAUCCUGACGCCCGAAGAGAUUACUAUCACUGAAGGUUACGAUGCCAACGGCCUGGCUCAUGCUAUAGCAGAGCGCAAGUAUACCGCUGUCGCUGUCGCGACCGCGUUCUGCAAGCGGGCGGCCAUCGCCCAUCAACUCACAUGCUGUCUGACCGACUUCUUUAUGGAGGAAGCCAUCGAGAGUGCCCGCAAGCUCGACGACUAUCUUGCGACGAACGGCAAGACGAUAGGACCCCUUCAUGGGCUUCCUAUCAGCGUCAAAGAGCAUAUGCCGAUCGCUGGCCGGAAAUCCAGCUGGGGUUUCAUGUUCACCCAGGCCCACACGGACACAGACGCCCUGAUGGUCGAGGUGCUCCGAAACGCGGGAGCUGUCUUCUAUUGUAAGACGAAUCAGCCACAGCUCAUCAUGCACCUUGAGAGCUGUUCGCAUGUAGGCAGAUCUCUUAAUCCGUACAACCUCAAUUUGACGCCGGGUGGUUCUUCUGGCGGGGAGGGUGCCCUGAAUGCUCUUCGAGGCUCUGUCCUGGGUCUGGGAUCGGAUAUAGGAGGCUCCAUUCGUUGCCCCGCCGGUUUCUGCAACAUCCACGGUUUCAAGCCUACCAGCUACCUCCUCUCGAACCAUGGCUUUCUUCCCGGUGGCUUUGCCGCAGAACUGAACAUCCUUGCUACCGGUGGCCCCAUGUGCCGCUCUCUGCGCGACAUCGAGCUCUUCAUGCAGAUUCUGCGUGGAUCAGAACAACACCUUCGCGAUCCCAGCAUCGUUCCACUACCGUGGUCGGGCCUCACCACCGCCCUGCCCUCAAGGCCCAUAAAGCUCGGCAUCAUGACAACCGACGGCCACAUCACCCCUCAGCCGCCCGUCUUGCGCGCUCUCGAAUGGGCUAGAGCUCGCCUCGCGGCCUGUCCCCUCGCCCAAAACUUCGACCUCAAGCCUUUCAUGCCCUACAAAUCAGGCGACGCCCACAGACUCAUCCACCAGAUGUACUGGCCCGAUGGACCUGGGCACGCGCGCGACCCAAUGUCGAUCCACGGCGAGCCCGAACUGCCCCUCACGACAUGGGGUCUGCGAAACGUGACCAAGGCCCUGGACGGCACCGAGAUCAACGCGCAGCGCUGGACGCGCAACGAAUUCCGCCGCGUUUUCGUGGAGGACUGGAACGCGCAGGACGUGGAUUUCGUGAUCUGCCCGGUCUUCGUGGGGCCGGCGUGCGAGCACGACACGGCGAAAUACUGGAAUUACACGACCUUGUGGAAUUUCGUCGACUAUCCGGCGGUGGUGAUGCCGACGCCGGUAAAGGCGAAGGGAAAAGGGGAGGAGGGCUAUGUGGAGGGGUGGAAGCCGUUGAGUGAGGACGAUGGCGAGGUGAGGAAGAUGUGGGAUGAGGGGGAUUUUGUUGGGGCGCCUGUCGCGUUGCAGAUUGUGGCGAGGAAGUACGGCGAUAAUGAGUUGAUUGCGGCGGUGGGAAAGCUGGAGGAAGCGUUGGGAUUUGGUGUUGAUGGGACGCUGCCUGUCUUGGAGUGA